GAGCCCGUGCAGCAGCCGUGCAGGCAGCGUGGCACCCUCUCCGUCCGUCUCCAGGCGACCCCCACCCUCUCAGAACAGCACCCUCCACAGACCCCUCAGCGACAGAGACCAGCCCGCUCUGAACCAGGACUCCCUCUCCUCUGAUGGAAGCUGCUACACGGAGCUGAGUGCCGGCCCUCAGAGCUAUGUGGAGAGGCUGCGCUCGGAGGAGGCGGGGUCAGAGGGCGUCAACCCGCUGAAUGUGGAAGACGGGGUCGUGUUCUUCUCACCUGUGGUGGAGACGGUCUCAGCCUUCAAACCCAGCAGGUACCAGUCGCCGCUGAUGCCCAAGGAGAACAAGCCUCUGGAGGUUUCCAUCCUGCGGAGGGUGAAGGAGCUGCUGGCCGAGGUCGACCCCAAGACGGCGGCCAAACACAUCACCAUGGCCGACUGCAAGGUGGCAAGAAUACUGGAGGUGACCCCGGAGGUGCAAAGGAUGAUGGGAGUUAGCUCAGGGAUGGAGCUGCUCACAUUGCCACACGGACAACAGCUGAGGCUCGACCUGCUGGAGAGGUUCCACACCAUGGCGACCAUGUUGGCUGUGGAUGUGUUGGGCUGCACAGGGUCGACUGACGAGCGGGCCGGCCUGCUGCACAGACUGAUCCAGAUCGCUGCUGAGCUGAAGAGCACCAUGGGAAACAUGUUCGGCUUCGCUGCUGUCAUGAGAGCGUUAGAGCUGCCGCAGGUGUCCCGCCUUGAGCAGACCUGGACGGCGUUACGGCAGCGACACACAGAGGGCGCUAUUCUCUAUGAGAAGACUCUGAGGCCGUUCAUGAAGAGUCUGAACGACGGGAGAGAAAGCUGUCCGCUCUCCAGCACCACCUUCCCCCACGUCCUCCCCCUCCUGUCUCUCCUGGAGAAGAGCGUGGCGGUGGGUGAGGGGGCGGAGCCAUGGGAGACGGUGGAGGCCGGGGUGGACGUGGUCAUGUUCCACCUGGGGGCGGCGAGGACGAUCGCUCAGCUUGGGGGAAUCUACCGCUCCAACACGGAGAGCAGACUCCAAGGUUUCCAGGAGCAGCCGGAGGUCCUGGAGCUCUUCCUCACAGACUUCCAGAUGAGGCUGCUGUGGGGGAGCAGGGGGGCCGAGGAGAACCAGGCUCUGCGAUACGCCAAGUUCGAGCAGGUGCUGACGGCCCUGUCCAAUAAGCUGGAGCCGCCCGUCAGAUAACUGCCCGGGAGGGGCUCCUGUUGUGUUCUCAUCCCUGCAGCAGACACGCUGGACACUGAGCAGACGGACUUCUGAUGCUCCGUUUAACAGGAUUAUUAAAACGCACAUCAUGUGAACGCUACACGAUGAUUCUCUGAAGAUUGUUUUGAUUCAUGUUUAAAACAAAAACAUGUUAACUUCAUAUUAUUCUCAUGCUAACUUUCUUACAGCCGGUCCUAACAGCAAGCAACGAGAGCGAGCGCCAUCUUGAUUCUAUUGUUUCCUAUUGGAGUGUCUUUACUGACUCAGCCUGAAGGGACCCAGACACCAUGUUUUUAUUUUAAGUGCUGUAGAUGCACAAGGAACAAGGAGGGGGAGGGGGCUCUACAAGGCCCUGUCACUCACUUUUCUCACUCAGCAGAGCGGUGCCUAAAUACUAUCCACAUCAGUGAUGAAAUGUUGACCUUUGACCUGUAGCAACACCGGAGAAAAACUUUUUUUUCAGUUCACCCCGAGCCGUUUAUUGACGACUUGAAGAUUUGAGUCAACAGCUCGUCAACACAAAGCACCACACUUCAGUUUGUCCACCUUCAAAAUAAAAGCACCACAUGUAGGUGUGAAUGUGAGUGUGUCUGGUUGUCUGUCUCUAUAAUUCAGCCCUGUGAUUGGCUGGUGAACAGUCCAGGGUGUAACAUACCUGAACAUACCUUUAAAAUGCUCCAGCUCUCCCCAAAGACUUCUUCUGUCCAAUAAAGAACCAAAAUGUGAAUCUAAGAUGAGUGCAGAUUAGCGGGACUGUGACAGGAUCUGUUGUGCUUUUAAACUGAAGGGGGGAAAAGAUCCCAAAGGAUACCAGAGAUCUGUUUUACAGAAUAAAGGUGAUGUGAGAUGACGCUGUGCUUCUCUCUGUCCGCUCACUCUCAAUGUUUGUGUUCUGAAGGCUGGACCUUCAUUUAUCAUCAUCAGCUGUACGAUCGACAACCCGAGAGCACGAUAACGAUUUCCUUUUGUUUCUAAUAUUUAUCAUCAUGUGGUCGUCUUUAGGAUGAUCUAAUGUGAAGUGAAUAUUUAAUGACAUUACUGGAGCUGUGUUCUGUAGAAAACUCUUCUUUAGUAUUUAAAUAUAUUUUAAUCUUCAGGUUUCUGUAACAACAUCACACGUUCUGUGUCUGUCUUCUGUCCCACUGAAGAGACUCUCACCACGAGUACAGCACACAUGUAAACCGGUACAUCUUACAGUAUUAAUGUCUUAAUAUUUAUCUGAAAUGUGAAAUGUAAAUAAACGUGUUUUACCAAAC